AAGCGGACGAUAUUUAACAGGUUUGAAAAUAAAAUAAUUAUGAAUGUUAUAUUAUGUAGAAUGGAUUUGAUGUUUAGGAAUUCCAAAUGUUUAUGGUUCUCCAAUCAUGACAGUACCAGUUAGCAGUUUAGGUGGAGCACCAUUGACAGCCUUAUCCGUUAGCAAUGCACUACAAUUUCCUAGUGCUGCAACAAUGUUAAGUGCAUCUGCUAGUAAUCAUUUAAAUUCACUCGCAAAUGCUCAACAGUACAGCAUCAGUCCAUUAACAAAUGCUACGUCGACAAUUUCAUUACCAUCACCAUCAAAUGUCAGGGUACAAACAAUUUCUAAUAACCAUGGCCAAUCGGCAAAUAUUCCAUCAUCACAAUCGAGUCCAUACAUAUUUUUAUCAAAUUUAAAUGAUGAGGUAUGUGGAAAAGCGCCACCAUUGUUUUUCUAUAAUAGUCCCAUGUAUCAUGACGUUUUGCGUUUGUGA